AAUAUGUUAUUGUCUUGUGCUUGUGUUUUGGACCCUCGUUAUAAGCUUAAAUUUGUUGAGUAUUGUUACACCGUUCUUUAUGGAGAAAUGAUAGCUAAGGAGAAAGUGGCGGAAGUGAGAGCCAUUUUGUGUGACUUGCUAAAGGAGUAUAGGGAUGUGGAUGGUGAGGAUAUUGGUCAAAGUGGCGAGGUUGGUGGGGAGACAAAUAUGCAUGUUCCUAUUGGUAGUGAUGGGAUGGCUAAUUAUAGCAGUUGGAUGACUAAAAAAGAACAAAGUGUGGUGGAAAAAUCACAACUUGAUCUUUAUUUGGAGGAAAAGAAUGUUGAUCAUAAGAGUCCUCUUGAUGUGUUAUGUUGGUGGAAAAAUAGUGGAGCACCUAGACAUCCACAACUUGCGGCAUUAGCUCGUGACAUCCUAGCUAUUCCUAUAUCAUAUGUUCCCUCCGAGUCGGCUUUUAGUAUGGGUAAGAAAUUGAUUAAUCCUUGGAGGGCUUCUCUAACAUCAAUGACGAUUGAAUCUCUUGCUUGUUAUAAAGAUUGGCUACGUGCAAAGGGUUUAUGUUUGGGUCGGUCUACCAUUUUUAAUGCUGAAGAGGAGGAAGAAGAGGUAGAUCGUGAAGAUGACGAUUGUCAAUUCAUUAAUUAGUUACAUAUUUUGAUUAUUUUGUAUUUGUUUAUUUGAAUUAUUUGUAACUUGUGUUUUAAAUUAUGUAUAAUAUGUAACAAUUGUAUUUGUUUAUUUCAAUUA